AUGGGCAAGAAGCGGAGCGAUGGGCUCGGGCGCUGCCUGCAGCGGCAGCGCGGGCUGGAGCGGCGCGGCGCCUCCUCAUGGCUCCACGCCAGCGAGGUGGUGGCCGAGCGCGGCCCGGAGCUGCGGUCGGCGCCCGAGCAGAGCCCGCUGGAGGAGUUCCUGGCCACGGCCGAGCUGGCCGGCACCCGCUUCGUGGCCGAGCGUCUGAAUGCCCAGAUCGUGUCUGCCCAGAGCUGCACGGGCCUGCUCACAGCACAGGAGGCCCAGCGCGUUCGGCAGCUGCAGCAGGAGAACCAGGAGUUCCUGCGCAUCCCACGGAGGCCACACUGGGAUAGGACAACCAGUGCAGAGGACUUGAAGCAAGCAGAGAGAGAGAGCUUUCUCGAGUGGAGGCGACAGCUUGCCCACCUUGAGGAAGAGAAAAAGUUAAUUCUAACCCCAUUUGAAAGAAACUUGGAAUUUUGGCGUCAGCUUUGGAGAGUCAUUGAAAGAAGUGAUAUUGUAGUCCAGAUAGUAGAUGCCAGAAACCCCCUUCUGUUUAGAUGUCAAGACCUGGAAAGUUAUGUUAAGGAAGUCAGUAAAGACAAGGAGAACAUGAUCCUGAUCAACAAAGCAGAUUUGCUGAGUGAGGAGCAACGUGCUGCUUGGGCACAGUUCUUUGAGAAGGAGGGUGUCAAGGUGGUGUUCUGGUCAGCUCUGGCAGAGUGUGAACGGCUGUGUGGAGAAUCAAAGGAACUGGGCUCUGAUGGGGGAGCAGAGCACCCCAGCGGUUCUGAGGAUGAUGGCUCCAGUCAGGAAGAUGACAACACAGCACAAGGAAGUGCAGAAAGAGCAUCCACAGGCAGCACUUGGCAAAGUGCAAACCAGGCCUUGGGGAGUGAUGAUAACAGCAGUGAUGAAUAUGAAGACUGUGAAGAUGAUGAAGAGGAGGACUGGCAAACCUGUUCUGAAGAUGAAGCUGGUGACAGCAUAAAUGCUGUUGGUCCACAGAGGAUGGAAAGCAGGACUGAUGGUGCUGCAGUGCAGCACAGGGUGCAGGAGCAGAACAGGAACGUCAGGAACUUCAGCCAUCUGGUACAGAGAGAUGAGCUGCUGGAGAUAUUCAAAACUAUGCACAAUGGACCAAGGGUGAAGGAUGGGGAAGUAAAUGUUGGGCUGGUGGGUUACCCUAAUGUUGGCAAAAGUUCAACCAUCAACACAAUCCUUGGAAAUAAGAAGGUGUCGGUGUCUGCUACACCAGGCCGUACAAAGCACUUCCAGACCCUGUAUGUGGAGCCUGGCCUGUGCCUUUGUGAUUGCCCCGGUCUGGUGAUGCCAUCUUUCGUCUCUACCAAGGCAGAAAUGAUUUGUUCUGGAAUUCUGCCUAUAGAUCAGAUGAGGGACCACGUUCCACCUGUUUCUCUAGUUUGCCAGCAUAUCCCACGAAACAUUUUGGAAGCAACUUAUGGAAUAAAUAUCAUAAGGCCAAGGGAAGAUGAGGACCCAGAUCGAAAGCCAACAGCUGAAGAGCUGCUAACAGCAUAUGGAUAUAUGAGGGGCUUUAUGACAUCUCAUGGACAGCCAGACCAGCCGAGAUCAGCUCGAUAUGUGUUAAAAGAUUAUGUCAAUGGGAAGCUGUUAUAUUGCCACCCACCUCCUGGUAUUGACCCAAAUGAUUUUCAGCACCAACAUCAAAGAUGCCCUGACAGUACAACUUUGCAGGCCACUGGACAGGUGAAGCCUGAGAAAAAUACCAAAGCAAAACAAAUUGAAAAUGUGGUGGACAAAACUUUUUUCCAUCAGGAGAACGUUCGUGCCCUGAUGAAAGGGGUCCGGGCUGCCAUGGGCUACCGGCCUGGGAGCGGCCUCGUGCCUGCGGCUGCACCCAACUCUGCCAACGUGGUGGGAAAGCCCUGGAAAAAACACGGGAACAGGAACAAGAAGGAGAAAAUCCGCAGGAUCACCAAGCACCUGGAGGCUUAGCUGUGGCACUGGUAUCUUGCCUUUUCAGGGCAGGGACUGCACUGUCUCACAGGCCUUGAUUGAGGGGGAAAAAAACAGAUAAGUGGGCAACACUAGCUCACCUGGGAGCUCUCUGCACUGGAUUGGCCUGGCAGGGGAUGAGAGUAGGCUCUGGUGGCUGGAGUUCAUCCCUUCUGUGAACAAAAGAGACCUGGCUGUUCCUGUUAUCUGGAAGCCAGCCCAGACAUUUGACUGCUGUUGAAACAUCCUUUCAAUGGGAGCAGAUGGAGCUGUGCAGGAAUGUUUUUUUCCUUCCAUAAAGGAUGUGUUUUAUAGCUGUUGCAAUCAAAGCAAGCCCUGGUAAAACUCAGUAAAAUCUUUAAACAGUUGAA